UCAAAAUUCACUUUCCUUCAUUAAAAUCCUCACACAAUUCAUGUAAAUGAAUUUAUUAACACAAAAAUCCAUUUAAUCUAGUUCUGGUCAUAAAAAUCAAUAUAGACAAUAAAAUAUUAAAAAUCUCGUAUUAACCAAUAUUUUACGGUAACUUAAAUUCCAACAAAACGGUAAAUCCGAAAAUCUCCAAAAAAUACAAGAACCUUCAUUUUUCAUCCUAAAACAAGUCUGUCCAGUUUUUAUAUUUUUCAACAAAUCAAAACCAUGAAAAUUAUAUUACACUCGGUCUUUACCGCAAAUCUCGUAUUAAGCUCGUUUUUACCAUUUCAAAGAUAAAAACUACACCAACUGUCUAAUUUACCAUUUCCAGACCAAAACCCAUUUAACAAUCCAUACUGACCAUUUUAAAGUGAUCAAAAUCUUAAAGAUAAAUAAAAAAAGUUUUUACCGAGCCUUCCGUAAAAUUCACCGUUAUGCAGUUUUUAAUCCGGAAGCCAUUUUCAAAUGAAAUCUUCUGCUCAAUCUGCCCCAACAUCAUUUUAGACAUACAAAAAUAUCUUAGAUCCGUUUUAAACUCAAUAAACCCAACUAUCCAUUUUUACGGUGAAACUUGUAAAAUACCGAUAUGUACACCGUAAAAUCCAUAACAAUAAAGAACAAUCACCAAAUAAUCAUAUCAGCAACCAAGUCAUCAACCACACUAAUCCAUCCAUCCAAAUAUGCAAAUAAAGCAUAAAUAAUCGAUGCAAUAAUUAAGGUCCUCUUAAUCCCCACACACCUUAAUUUUAGCCGAUUCCAAGUCGGGAAUUAAGUUCUAAAAUUCCAGAGGUUGGCUCCUAAAUAUUCUCCUUGUUUCUACGGUCCUGUAGGCGAAAACGGUUCGUCGUUUGGACGUCAAACGAAGAAACUGCGAGCUGAUCAUCGUUAGUACGAAAUUAGGGAUUAAUUUUGAAUUUUCUGCUGUCCAAAAUCUGCAGAAAACUGGAAAUUCCUUUACCUCACGUACCAACUUCCGGGCCUUGUUUCUCCCUCGUCUGAGCUCGGAAUUCAAUUUCGUAAAAUCUGUGAUGCUCGUGGAGACUUUCUCUUCGCAACAGUAUCAAGCUUCGUAGCUGAUACUACCUUUAAUGGUGCUGGUUUGGCUGACGAAAAGGUUACGGCAAAAGUUUCGGCGAAGAAUUUCCGUUGAGUUGGUUGGACGAUUUUGGCUCCGUAAUGGGAUUUUUGUGGGUUCUAAAUCUUUGCUGGGCAUACAGAGGUUAUGAUAGGCGUUUGUUAACUAUCCUUUCCUUCCAUUCUUUUCUUGGCGUAUGAAAAUGAUGAUAUGAAGUGAGGAAGAAGAAGGAAAGAGUCUCCCCCUCUUAUUAAUUCUUGUUUCAGAUCUUCAUCACUCCUAAUUAAGGCCCAGGCAGACCCUCAUAAAGCUAAAGGCCGCCUUCUAAAUCCUCAGGUCAGUUAUGGAGUUGAAGGGACGAGUUUCAAAGGCUGCACCGCUUGGUACGAGUUUAUCUACAGCUGCAGCAGCGACGCAGAUUCAGUUUAUGAAAUAGGAUGUAGUAUUUUGUAGACAUAAAUUUCGUGUGGUCUACUGGUUUGGGCAAUUUUCUGCCCUUGAACCUUGGGAAGGGUCCAGGUUCGAUUCCUAUCAGCCCCUUAUUUAUUUUUAUUGCAAUUUUUAGGCUUGGAGAGUUUCAAAGUGAUUUCGUUGAUCCUAUCUCGUAUAGGAUAACUUCUAGAUUUUUUUUCCAGCCUCGAAACGUAUAUUAUACGUCUGCCAUCUGGAAAAAAAUUUAUUCGAGGUUCGGGAUGUUACACAAUGGGUAAGCAAUUUAUAUGAAAAAUAUUAGAAAUGUUCGUUAUUUUUAUUAUAAGACCACGGAAACAAACAAUAUUAUGAUAAAUAUAGUUAAAUUAUUGGAGAAAUUGAGAUUUUCACUAAUUUACAACUUUAUUAUAGAUAAAAUUUGAUGAAAUAAAAGGAAAAUCCUAAGUAAUUUGACUAAAUUUACGUGUAAUUUAGGCAAGAACGGGUUGAGAAUGGGGCGGGUCAGGGUAGGUCGGGUCGAUGAGAGUACCCAUGCCCGCCCCGCCCCAAAACAGGUCAAACAGGUCGGGUAAAACAGGUCAGAUCGAAAUUGCCAUCCCUACCCACCGCAACUUCUCCCCUUUGGUACGACUCCUAAAUGUCCUCCUAGAGUGGUCGACAGAACCACCGUUGCAACCAAUAGAGUGAGCAACUAACCUCCCAUGUUGUGGACGGCACCCCAUUGCUACCCACCGCUAACCUGAAAAUGUAAGCCAACUCUCUCUUUUUGCCUCGCCACGCAGAGUCGAGAAGUUCAUUCUCACUAUAGUUCCACCGAGAUUGGCCAAUUAACCUCUCAUAGUGCAUAAUCGGAGCUAUAUCCCCUGUACCUGUAAGUUCCCUUAUUUAGGUUUCUUUUUUAAUUUGGAUUUUGACUGUGUUUCUGGGUUUUGCCUCAAAACAUAAUUACCUCUCUCCUCGAGUGCCAGCCGGAUAGUCUUCUUCUCUCCAAUGGCAACAGGCUGCUUCUUGCCUUCCAAUUUUUGUGUAUGGUUUUGUUUCUCAGGUUGGUAAUAUAGAGCUUUUGGAAGCCCAAAAACUUAUGAUCAGCUGGUAUUUAUUUAUCGAUCUCAGGGUUUAUAUCUCAAGUUCGAUUCAUCACUGCCAAAUUGAUCUCAAUGGUAGUCGAAAUUUGAAUAGAACUCUGUACAUUAUAACUGAAAAACUACUGAGAAUCUUUGCUGCAUAUUUUGGAUUAUGUGAGUGUUGGGGGUUUCUAUCUUUCUUUCCUCUAAUGUGGUUUCUCUUGCUAAUCAGUUUGGUGGUUUGGCCAUUUGUAUAAAUUUAUCAUCAACAUGAGUCUUUUUCUUUAACCAAGUAUUUUAUGGUUUCUUUUCAUGCAAAGUGAACUUGCAAGCUUAAUGGAAGUAGAAACAAUACUAAAUAUAUUCACCAAGACCCGGGGAUGUCAGAAGCUGGCAAAACCACUAGCAAAGGGAAACUAAGAGAAGAACCAAUGCUUCAGUAGGUAGACAAGUUGUGUGGGUAUUGAGAAUUAUUGAAAUGCUGCCAACUUGCAGUUAUAAUGAGGUUAGUUUGCCGUAGGGAUCAAUUCCUUAUUGUUUGACUCAAAUUUAGAUACCCAGUUGAUAAGCAAAACUUACCCACUAUUCUGUAUUCCCAAUCUACGAUUAUACUUGGUCGUAGUUUGGUGUUGUGUUUUAGCGAGUAAGCAAUUAGAUGACAUCCGGAGAGGGAUAGUUCUCGAGGAAAUCCUGAAUCUGCGUGAUAAUUUUGUUCAGAUAAGUCAUUGGUUUGUUGGACGUAAUAGUAAUAGGGUUGUCCAUUAGGUGGCACGAAAAACACUUUUAUUAUUUUCUUCUUUAGUUGGAUAUGAUUUUAUUACUUGGCAGGUUUUAGUCAUGUGACUUUUGGUAUCUCGUUGUUUUCCUCCGUAACAGGAACACAAUAUCUUUUUUUUUUUUUUUGUGGAAAUAGGAACAAAAUUUUAUAAUAAAGAAAAUAUUAUGUUAUUUUAAUUCUAAAAAUAAUAAAACCUCAUUUUUUUCGGGAAAGUUAAACUCAGUCGCCGAGUUGAUACCGUGUCAACUAACGCACAAACUUCUCAUACUCCUGUUUUUUAUCCCCCUCUCUCCCUUCUUUCCUGAAUGUACAAAUGACAAUGAGGACACAAACACAGCACAAAAAAGAGACACUGAGAUUUGCUUCUCCAUUUUCUUCCUUUCCUUUGAUUCUUUCUCCAUAUUACCUUACCCCGUUGGUUCCUUCUUCCAAUUUCUCCUCUUCGUUGCCUAUUAAUUGCUUUCCAUUUCUAAUAAUUCUCUCUUAACUACAUACAAUCAAACCAUUUAUAGAUAGUGAAAUCAUGUCGGUACAAGUUCCACCGGCACAAGAAUGUAUGUACAAAAAUGAACAGAAGGGCGCCGCCGGAGCAGAAGACCCAGCUGCCAGUUUUUGGUCAUCCAAUUGGACCAUAAAUGUUUUAGAUGUAAAGACUGUUCAGAUUAACAACCUUCCAUCAAAUGCCACAGAAAGAAAUAUAAGAGAUUUUUUCUCCUUUUCUGGUGAAAUUAUCAUACACGUUGAAUUACGAAGAGAGAGUGAAGCAACUCAGGUGGCUUAUGUAACCUUCAAAGAGUCACAAGGAGCAGAUACCGCCUUACUUCUCUCUGGAUCCAUCAUAGCUUAUAACUCUGUCACUAUCACUCCUGUUGAAGAUUACAUUUUGCCCCCAGAAGCCUCCCGUAUCUUGGACGAACUGAUGAAACCAUCAGUAGGAGCGGGCAGUAGGAAUAACUUGGCAAUAACAGUGGCGGAGGAAGUGGUGAGCAGCAUGCUAGCGAAGGGAUUGGUGAUGGGGAAAGAUGCGCUCCACAAGGCGAAAGCAUUCGACGAUCAGAUCCUCCACCUGACGUCAAACGCCACCGCCAUCGACCAGAGGAUGGGGCUGGUGGAGAAGGUCGCCCAAGGGAUGGCCGCCGUCAGGAAGUUGGAGCGGCGGUUCCAAGUCACCGAAACAACUAAAUCCGCCCUCCUCGCCGCCGGCUCCGCACUGAUGGACAGCGACAUCGAGUACGUAGCCGCCGGUGCUUCCUGGGUCUCUGGUGCCAUCGCCACCAUGGUAAGGGCCGUGGCGGACGUCAAGGUGAUGACCAAGGAGAAGCUGGAGAGGGCGGAAGAGGAGAAGCGAGCAUUGCUUCUACAGGAGAGGACAGGAGGGAGCAUUGUUAAUAAGCUGGCGCACAUGCACUUUGACCAUCACCAUCCUCAUCCUCAUCCUCCCCAUUUUCAUUCUCCAUCUGACCCGAGAAAGCUUACUUACUACUAAUACCCAAAACGACACUGGAUCCAUCAUCAUUUUCAUUUAUGUUAAUUAUGCAUCUGAACUUUCUUCAAAUACAUCAUAUCGUACAAGAAUUCAUUUAUAUAUGUUGUCCCCCCUCCAGUUUGGGUUUCAAAUGCAAUUUGACAUAUGCAACUUAAGUACCAGCUAGGGCUUUAUAGAUCGAGUUUUGAAUAAUAAAUCUAAUAUUACUCCCACUCAUAUAACACGCGUCUGUUGAAAUUGACAAGCAAGGUAUGCCGGUUUUGCAAGUGGAACGGUUCAACCGUGGCAUAUGCCGGUAAGUGUCGGUUUUAACAAAAUUACAUAAAAAUUAAUUCAUACAUGAUAAUCAAAGAUCAAAACAACAUGGUGUAACAUCCCGUUACGGCAAAACCCAUAUUUCGAUCGCUAGAAAAUUUCACGAUUUAAAAUCGAGCAUUUCGACACUAUUUUGACGAAAAUCGGAUUAUCGAUCGAUCGGAUAAGUAUAUGUAUUAAUUAUAUAUAUUAUAUAAUAUAUAUAUAAUACACUGUCCAUUUAAUUCCCCACGCGUCCCAUUUUCUUUCCAUCAUCAUCGUUGCAUUAUUUCUUUUCUGGACCGAGAGAACUGGAGCAGAGGGCGCGCAGGGGAGGUGAGCACGGAAAUUCUCAGAGCUCAAAUCUUAAGUUUUAAUGAUCCAAAAAUCCCGUAAGUAAUGUCUAAUUCAUCCAUACAUCGUGAUUUAUCGAUUUAGAGCUUUAAAACGAGUUUUUGGUUCAGGAAUUUCUUGAAUUCCCGAUAAGCCAAAUUAGGGUUUCGGAGUAUCCGGAAGCCGGAUUGAGCCCAAAUUUCAUAUACGAGCUUCCUGCAGCGAGGUAAUCAAUCCCCUAGUUCUAAUCCCUGAAUUUCGGCUAUUAUUUAGGCCGGGGUCCAAACCGCUGAAUUUAGCUCCGGCCAGGGUUUGAUGUGUUUUUACCAAGAAUUUGACCCGGAGCCUAAAACUAAUAUUGACGGGGAUACUGCAGGGGAUAUUAGGACGAUCUCGGAUUUUAAUUUGGGGUUCGUUUGUGAAAUUGACGUUUUAGUACGGGAGGCUAGAACCGGUGUUUGAACGGCCAAAACUGGUGAGGGAUUAGCACGGCAUACCGGGUUUGUCGUAUCACGAUAAUUAUAUUGAUGCUCAGAAUUGAUCUAGGUGAACUAGAAUGGCAUGAUUAGGGGUGUAUGAGCUUUUGUGCUAUAUGUUGAACCCUGGAUUGCUGUAUGAUAUUAUUGACUUGCCCUAAUCGAUAUGAACCUUGUUUAUGCUGAUGAUUGUGUAUAUGUUGCAAAUUGUGGGCUUGACUAUUAAUAUGCUUUACGAUGGUUCGAGAAGGUGAUUAUGUAUGAUUUUUCAUGAUUGUUGUAUUUGGAUGCACAUGUGGGAAAAUAUAUGUUCCCUGGUGAUAUUAUGACGUUUAAGGAGGAUGACUGGCACGAGGGUUUAUCCCGAGGAAGUGCAAUUAUACGACUCCUGAUUUACCUAUGUUGAGCCAAUUAUGGCCAGGUUAAGUACAUGUGCAAGUAAUGAAUUAUGAUUAAGCAA